GGAAGUGUUCAUCUUCUGCUGGUGCAUCUUCUCUUUGCAAGGCACCUUUGAAUGUCUCGACUACAAUGCCGGAGAAGGCUCUGGUUGAGCAACAAAGGAGGGUUACUGAUCAUGCUGCGAAGACUAAUGUAGAUAUAGACCUUAGAGAAAUUUACUUCUUGAUAAUGCAAUUUCUGUCAGCUGGCCCUUGCCAGAGAACUUUUGAACAGUUAUCAAAUGAACUGUUGGAACAUCAGCUUUUACCCAGAAGAUAUCAUGCUUGGUUUUCAAGAAGUGGUGCACAUAGUGGGAACAAUAAUGAUGAUGGCAUCUCCUUCCCAUUAAGUUAUAACAACUUAGUGGAGAGGUAUCCUCACAUUCAGAAGGAUCACUUGGUAAAGCUUCUGCAGCAACUAUUGUGUACUCUGUGUGGUGAAGUUGUAGGAGAUGCCCAUGCUCCAAAUGCUGCUGAUGUCCCUACAUUACUGGGAUCUGGUUCCUUUUCACUUUUGAAUUCUGACUCAAGUAUGGGAAAUAGACAGGGCAAGCCUAUUCCUGCCUACCUGCGUUGGCCCCAUAUGCAAGCUGAUCAAGUUCGGGGGCUAAGUAUAAGAGAAAUUGGUGGAGGUUUCAGAAAGCACCACCGAGCACCCUCUGUUCGCUCUGCAUGCUAUGCUAUUGCUAAACCAUCAACCAUGGUGCAAAAGAUGCAGAAUAUAAAAAAGUUGAGGGGGCAUCGCAAUGCUGUCUAUUGUGCUAUAUUUGAUCGCUCUGGGAGAUAUGUUAUUACUGGUUCUGAUGAUCGCCUUGUCAAAAUUUGGUCUAUGGAAACUGCAUUUUGUUUGGCCAGCUGCCGUGGACAUGAAGGUGACAUAACGGACCUCGCUGUUAGUUCAAACAAUGCUUUGGUGGCAUCUGCUUCAAAUGAUUUUGUGAUUCGAGUUUGGCGCUUGCCGGAUGGUUUGCCAGUUUCAGUUCUGCGAGGGCAUACUGGAGCUGUUACUGCCAUUGCAUUUAGUCCCAGGCCUGCCUUCGCUUUCCAGCUUUUAUCGUCAUCUGAUGAUGGGACUUGCCGAAUCUGGGAUGCCAGGUUUUCGCAUUGUAGCCCACAGAUAUACCUGCCAAAGCCUUCUGAAGCUGUUACUGGGAGGAGCAAUUUUCCAUAUAAUAAUGGACCUUCCUCAAGUAACGUUCUGCAAAACCAUCAGAUAUUAUGCUGUGCAUUCAAUGUCAAUGGGACUGUUUUUGUCACUGGUAGCUCUGACACUUUUGCCAGGGUCUGGAGUGCCUGUAAGCCUAGUACAGAUGACUCACAACAACCAGUUCAUGAGCUGGAUGUUUUGGCAGGCCAUGAAAAUGAUGUUAAUUACGUUCAAUUUAGUGGCUGUGCUGUACCUUCAAGAUCCUCAAUGUCUGAUACAAAGGAGGAGAAUGUUCCAAAAUUUAAAAAUUCCUGGCUCUGUCAGGACAACAUUGUUACCUGUUCUCGUGAUGGUAGUGCGAUCAUAUGGAUUCCCAGAUCACGUAGAUCCCAUGGAAAAGUUGGACGUUGGACAAAGGCAUAUCAUCUGAAAGUUCCACCUCCCCCGCUACCUCCUCAACCUCCUCGAGGAGGCCCACGUCAGAGAUUUCUCCCAACUCCUCGUGGUGUCAAUAUGAUUGUGUGGAGCCUGGAUAAUCGUUUUGUUCUAGCAGCUAUAAUGGAUUGCAGAAUAUGUGUGUGGAAUGCUGUUGAUGGUAGCUUGGUACAUUCUUUGACUGGUCACGUCGCAUCAUCUUAUGUUUUGGAUGUCCAUCCCUUCAACCCUCGAAUUGCUAUGAGUGCUGGAUAUGAUGGAAAAACAAUAGUUUGGGAUAUAUGGGAGGGCAUACCCAUCAGGAUAUAUGAAAUUGGUCGUUUUAAGUUGGUUGAUGGGAAGUUUUCUCCGGAUGGGACAUCGAUUGUACUUUCGGAUGAAGUUGGGCAGAUAUAUUUGCUGAACACUGGCCAGGGUGAGUCUCAAAAGGAUGCCAAGUAUGAUCAGUUCUUUCUUGGGGACUUUCGCCCCCUUAUUUGGGAUUCUGGUGGAAAUGCUCUUGAUCAGGAGACGCAACUUCCUCCGCAUCGAAGGAACAUGCAAGAUCUUAUUUGUGAUGCCAGCAUGAUUCCAUACCCUGAACCUUAUCAGACUAUGUACCAGCAACGACGACUUGGUGCCCUGGGUAUUGAGUGGCGUCCAUCUUCCACAAAGUUUGCUAUUGGCCCUGAUAUCAGUUUAGGCCAGGAUUUUGAAAUGCCACCCUUGGAAGAUUUGGAGAGAAUGAUGGAACCACCACCUGAGUUGAUAGAUGCCAUGUAUUGGGAACCUGAAAAUGAAGUUAUGAGUGAUGACACUGAUUCAGAGUACAAUGUUGCCGAGGAAUGUUCUACAGAAGGUGAACGGGGGGCAUUGUGCUUCAGCUCUUCUAGAGGCACAGACAGUAGUGAAGAAGACAGUGAUGUUGAAUGUAGUCAUAAAGAUGGCCUUCGCAGAUCACGAAGAAGAAAAUAUAACCCUGAAGUUGAGGUAAAGACUUCAUCAGGGAGGCGAGUCAAAAAGAGAUGUUUGGAUGAGCAUGAUGGCUCUAUGUCUGGAAACAAUAGGACUAAACACUCAAAAAGUGGCAGAAAAGCUUCAAAGAAAAGGUCUUCCAAAUCUAAGUCAUUGAGACCUCAGAGAGUCGCAGCACAAAAUGCUCGAAGCAUGAUGUCUAGAAUCACUGGGACAUCUACAGAUGGAGAGGAUGAAGUUGACUUAGAAGGUGAUUCAUCUAAUAGUGAGUCAUUUUCGCAAGAUUCAAGUAUUGAAAGCAGCGAUAUUGAGAGAAACUUGGAGAGCAUACAACUAAUGUCCAUGAAAAAAGAACAAGAGUCUGAGGAUGUAGCGUGGUCUCAUGAACUCCCUGAAUCUCAAUCUAAUGUUGUGAACAGGAAGAGAUUGGUCCUAAAGUUCUCUUUACGUGAUUCUAAGAAGCGAGAGGCCCCAGAGGCCACCAGAUUAUUGAACAGUGACAAUCAGAUCAAUUUACUGGACCAUUCUGGCCCUGAGGGAACUUUUGAUGAGAAUGGAAAUGCCUGCAUCAAAGACCCUGGCUUAUCUUGUGCAGAUGUGGAGCUGUUGGACCAUGACAGGAUUGAUCUGGCAGAUACAAGGCAAGCUAUAAAUACUGGGGAUUAUUUAGAGGAAUUUGUAGGGGACAAGGAGAACAAAGAGAACAAAAUCAGAUGGGGUGAGGUUAAAAUUCGGACAUCAAUGCGUUCAAGAUCAGGAGAUAUGAUGCCAACUGAUGUCCACAAUGAAAACAGGAUUUCUGCUGUCAAUGGGUAUGUUAAAUCUGAGAGAAUUGGAACUUUUAUUCCUAAUAUAAAAAUCCAUAUUUAUGGAUAUAUUUUGUCUUGCAGGGAAGAUGGACAGUUAGGGAGUCAUGCAUUGCAAGAUCUGGAUAGAGGGACAAUGGAAGAGUUUGCUCCUGAUGAGGUGCGCAAAUCUUUAACAUCUGAGUUUCUGUCCCUAAGUGACCACCAACUAAAUGGCAGCUGUGAUAAAUAUGGAAAUCAUGAUUCAUCACAAACUGAUCAGGUCGGUAGUGUUAACCAAUCUCAUGAAUCAAAAGAGAUUACUCCACACAAAUUGGUGAAAUUAAGAAUAAGGACAAAAGCAAUUUCAGGAGACCUUGGAAGUCCCUCCAAACUAAAAUCCCUCACUGUAGUGCAUGAUCCAACCUGCAGUGGAGGUGAUGUGAGGUCCAGAAACACUUUGUCUGUAGACCACAAUCCAGAUUACCGCAUGCAAGAAAUAGGUGAAGGUUCUGACAGAUCAAGUUCUCUGCAUUUAUUGCACUCAGGUUUAAAUUUGAACAAGAUUCAUGGGGAAAGCCCAUAUGAGGACAAAACUGAUUCCACAGGUUUAAAUGCCAUCAAUGAUCAUGAUUCAGAAAUUGGUUUCAGUGAAGCAGCAGCUGAUGCAGUACGUAGAACACGAUCCAUGAAGAUGAAGGCAAGUUCACAGGAACAGCAUGCUUGGAACCAUAACUUGAAGGUAAGAGGAGAGCAUGCUCUAGUGGGGACAUCAACGAAUGAGGAAAACUUCUCUGUGAAAGCAUAUAAUGGCAUUGUACCUGAAGAAUGGAUGUCAAGUUCCAAAGUGAGAGAGAGAUCAAGAUCCACUAGAACCAAGCGGGGUGGAGAUCAUGACAAUAACUCAAAAUUUUCAACUGGAAGGAAGUCAAAUCCUUCUGUUAGAAAAUUAUCAUGGUUGAUGUUAUCAGAGCAGGAGGAGGGUUAUCGUUAUAUACCCCAGCUGGGUGAUGAAGUUGUAUAUUUCAGACAGGGGCAUGAAGAGUGCAUUGAAUCUGGUCGCUUAAAGGGGCCUGGUCCCUGGAGCUCAAGGGGAUACCUGAGUGCAGUGGAAAUUUGCAGAGUUGAAAACCUUGCUUAUUCCCACUUUCCAGGUUCUGGAGAGAGUUGCUGUAAAAUCACACUUAAAUAUGUAGAUAAUUCAUCACGUGCAUUUGGUGAUGCAUUUAUAUUGACCCUGCCUGAGUUGAUUGGUUUCCCUGAUUUUCUUAUUGAGAAAACAAGAUAUGAUGCUGCAAUGAGGAGAGAAUGGACCCGUAGAGAUAAAUGCCUAGUAUGGUGGAAGAACGAUAAUGGGGAGGGUGGUAGUUGGUGGGAUGGUAGAAUUGUUGCUUCACAGGCCAAAUCUAUGGAUUUCCCUGAUAGUCCUUGGGAAAGAUACGAAGUUAGUUACAAGGAUGGCUGCAAGUAUCGGCACAGUGCUUGGGAACUGCAUGAUCCUAACUUUCCAUGGGAGCACCUGAAUAUUGAUUCUGAAGUCAGGAAUAGGCUAUUGUCUUCGUUUGCUAAAUUAGAUCGUUCAGUGAGCAGAAAUCAGGACUUUUAUGGAUUUCAGAAACUGAAUGAAGCUGCUCAGAAAUCAGAAUUUCUGAACAGGUUUCCAGUUCCAUUGUAUCCCGAAUUGAUCCGGCUUAGGUUAGAGAACAACUAUUAUCGGACCUUGGAAGCAGUGAAGCAUGACAUAAACAUAAUGCUGUCAAAUGCGGAGAGUUAUUUCGUUCGAAGUUCUCACCUAUCUUCCAAGAUGAGGCGCCUAUCAGAUUGGUUUAACAAGACAUUGUCAAAAUUGUAGGAAGCUGUAUAGAUUUUUUUUUACCUUUUUCUUUAUUUUUUCAAUCUUAAUUACAUCUCUCACAACUCAUCCGUCCAAUUUUGUAAGACAAAUCAUUUUUAGGCAUUACUGAACACUGAUAAAAGAGACGGGGCUCUAAGGGAAAGGGAUGCAUAUCUACUAGAUAUUUUAUUCAUUGCAUAGAUCCAUGUCCUUUGUGAGUUCUAGGAAAAAUAUGCACAGCUGCUGUGGAAAAACAUCGUCCAUGCUUUUUUUUCUUUUUGGCUAAUUUCUGUUUUGAUGCGGCAGCCGUGUUUCCGGUGCCAGACGCUUCCGUCGUGAUUUUACUUAUGGAGGUGUUGAUGCAAGUGCUGAAUUUUAAACUAUUAUGUUAAAUUAAA